AUGAAGUUCGUGCAGGUCUUAAAGCCUAGGCUGCAGCAGAUCCACAGUCACAGCAGCCUCCGUGGCUAGCUAAUGUUUUUCAGGGCAAAAUAUGGGAAGGUUGGUAUAUUAAUGGGGGAAGACAAGUAUGGCAACAAACACUAUGAAGACAACAAGCAAUUUUUUGGCAUUGCUGGCUUCACUGUAUGA